AUGGGCGACCUCAGCCGAGAUGCUGUGGAGAAGUAUCUCGAGCAGAACCCACAGUUUGCCAAGGAGUACUUUGACAAGAGGCUGCGGGCAGAGGCGCUGGGGGAAAUCUUCAAGAACCGCCAGGCUGCAGUCCCGGCCAGCGUGUCCUUUGCUGAGCUGACGCAGGUGGAGGAGGCGGCCGUGUGCCUGGAGCUGCUGCUCACCGUGCAGGAGGAGGCGGGCGGUGCGGAGCUGGCGGCGCACCGGGCCCUGCAGAGGCUGGCCCAGCUGCUGUGUGCGGAGCGCUGCAGCCUGUUCAUGUGCCGGGCCCGCAAUGGCACGCCGGAGGUGGCCUCCAGGCUGCUGGAUGUCACGCCCACCUCCAAGUUGGAGGACAACCUUGUGGCCCCUGAGCGAGAGGUUGUGUUUCCACUGGACAUCGGGAUAGUGGGAUGGGUUGCUCACACGAAGAAAGCCCUUAAUGUUCCAGAUGUGAGAAAGAAUAGCCACUUUUCUGACUUCAUGGACAAACAAACGGGUUACGUCACCAGGAACCUGCUGGCAACCCCAAUCGUCAUGGGCAAGGAGGUUCUUGCUGUGGUUAUGGCGGUGAACAAAGUAAAUGCUCCUGAGUUUUCCAAACAGGACGAAGAGGUCUUUUCCAAGUACAUCAACCUUGUUUCUGUCAUCCUAAAGCUUCAUCAUACCAACUACCUGUACAGCAUUGAAUCCAGGAGAAGUCAGAUCCUUAUGUGGUCAGCCAACAAAGUAUUUGAAGAGCUCACAGAUGUUGAACGGCAGUUUCACAAAGCACUCUACACAGUUAGGACGUACCUGAACUGUGAACGGUACUCCAUCGGCCUGCUGGACAUGACGAAGGAGAAGGAAUUCUAUGAUGAAUGGCCCAUCAAGCUUGGUGAGGUUGAACCCUAUAAGGGACCAAAGACACCAGAUGGCCGGGAAAUCAUCUUUUAUAAAAUCAUCGAUUACAUUUUACAUGGCAAGGAAGAGAUCAAAGUGAUUCCAACACCUCCUGCGGACCACUGGACUCUCGUUAGCGGGUUGCCAACAUACGUUGCUGAAAACGGAUUUAUCUGCAACAUGCUCAAUGCCCCUGCCGACGAAUACUUCACCUUCCAGAAAGGACCUGUGGAUGAGACGGGUUGGGUCAUUAAAAACGUCUUGUCCCUGCCCAUUGUCAACAAGAAGGAAGACAUCGUGGGAGUGGCAACAUUUUACAACAGGAAGGAUGGAAAACCUUUUGAUGAGCAUGAUGAACACAUUACGGAGACUCUCACACAAUUUCUUGGAUGGUCUCUUUUAAAUACUGACACCUAUGAGAAAAUGAAUAAGCUAGAAAACAGAAAGGACAUCGCUCAGGAAAUGCUCAUGAACCACACCAAGGCCACUCUGGAGGAAAUUGAGUCUAUUUUGAAAUUUAAGGAAAAGUUGAAUAAAGAUGCAAUUGAAGACUGUGAGGAGAAACAACUUAUCAAGAUUUUGAAGGAGGACUUGCCAGACCCGAAGGAGGUGGAACUAUACGAAUUCCGGUUCAGUGACUUCCCCAUCACGGAACAUGGAUUGAUUAAGUGUGGAAUACGGCUGUUUUUUGAAAUCAACGUGGUGGAAAAAUUCAAAGUCCCCGUAGAGGUCCUCACCAGGUGGAUGUACACAGUGAGGAAGGGGUACCGCGCUGUCACCUACCACAACUGGAGACACGGGUUCAACGUAGGGCAGACUAUGUUCACCUUGCUGAUGACAGGAAGACUCAAGAAGUACUUCACGGAUCUUGAAGCCUUUGCCAUGCUCGCGGCGGCGUUCUGCCAUGACAUUGACCACAGAGGCACCAACAACUUGUACCAGAUGAAAUCCACAUCUCCGUUGGCAAAGCUUCACGGGUCCUCCAUCUUGGAGAGGCACCACCUGGAGUACAGUAAGACCCUGCUGCAGGACGAGAGCUUAAACAUCUUCCAGAACCUCAAUAAGCGGCAGUUCGAAACAGUUCUUCAUUUGUUUGAGGUCGCAAUAAUAGCCACAGACCUGGCUUUGUAUUUCAAGAAGAGAACCAUGUUUCAAAAAAUUGUUGAUGCCUGUGAACAAAUGAAAACUGAAGAGGAGGCUAUCAAAUACGUAACCAUUGACCCAACCAAAAAAGAGAUCAUCAUGGCAAUGAUGAUGACUGCAUGCGACCUGUCUGCUAUAACCAAGCCCUGGGAGGUACAAAGUCAGGCAGCACUUAUGGUUGCAAAUGAAUUUUGGGAGCAAGGCGAUCUGGAGAGAACAGUGCUGCAGCAACAGCCUAUUCCUAUGAUGGACAGAAACAAGAAAGAUGAACUACCUAAACUUCAAGUGGGAUUUAUUGAUUUUGUCUGUACUUUUGUGUAUAAGGAGUUCUCGCGGUUCCAUGAAGAGAUCACACCUAUGCUGAACGGGCUUCAGAAUAACAGAGUAGAAUGGAAAACCCUGGCUGAUGAAUACGAUGCCAAGAUGAAGGUAAUCGAAGAGGAGGAGAAAAAGCAGGAGGAAGGAAACCCUGUCCAAAAAGUUGCUGAAGUCUCAGGAGGUGGCAGUGAAGACAAAAAGUCCAAAACGUGUCUGAUGUUGUAAUGUAAUCCACUGGGUCUAAAC